AAGCUUUCUUGGUUGUCAUCAAUGGCGCCUAAACACAGGAAAAACCCAUGUCGUGCUUUUCCUCUGUUUGCUUUUGUUCUGCAACUACUGGUUUUCCUUUCUGCUGCAGAAACUCAUGAUGAUGGUGAGUUUGUGUCGGGUGUGGGUGAUCCGGGAAUGAGAAGGGAUGGGCUGCGGUUGGCAAUCGAGUCAUGGAACCAAUGCAAUGAGGUUGGUGAAGAAGUUCCUCAAAUGGGCAGCCCCAGAGCUGCAGAUUGCUUUGACAUUUACAAGGCCUCUGCACCGCCUGCAGCAGAAAACGACUGCUCGCUCUGCAAGUCUCUUCCCUAUGUAUUGGUCCACAGAGUGACAGACAAAGACAACAAGCUAGGGGUGGGAGAACCAUUUCUUGGAGUGCAACCAAAGUCCCUUUCCAAUGCAGACCUUUACGCUGCAGAGAAAGAACUCUAUCUUGGAUCUAAAUGUCAAGUUGAAGACACCCCAAAUCCAUGGCAGUUUUGGAUGAUCAUGCUCAAGAAUGGCAACAUGGAUACUUUUGCAGCAAAAUGCCCUAAAAAUGGCCAUAAAGUUGGACCUUUUGGCCCUGACAAAGGGUUCCCCUGCUUCGGUAAAGGGUGCAUGAACCAGCCAAGGAUUUAUCAUGACUAUACCACAUUGCAGGGGCCUAACAGGACUACUCUUACAGGAAGGUUUUAUGGGUCAUGGGACUUGGAUGCAGAUUUGAGUAAAGGUAUGGUGGGGAACAUAUCUUACCAUUCAGUGACAUGGGAAAAGGAAGUUGGCGAAGGAAGUUGGGUUUUUCAUCAUGUCUUGAGGACUUCAACAAAGUAUCCUUGGUUGAUGCUUUACUUUAGAUCUGAUGCCACCUUUGGCCUUUCAGGAGGUUACCAUUACCCAACCAGAGGGAUGUCUAAAAUUAUUCCAGAAUCACCAAACUUCAGAGUGAGGUUCACCCUGAAUGUGAUCAAAGGUGGUGGCCCUAGCAGCCAAUUCUACCUAAUGGACAUGGGAAGCUGCUGGAAGAACAAUGGGCAGCCUUGUGAUGGCAAUGUGACUUCAGAUGUCACCAGAUACAGUGAAAUGGUCAUCAAUCCAAACACAAGUGCAUGGUGCAAUGCAGGCAACGUCAAGCUCUGCCCGCCAUACCACACGUUCCCCGACGGGACUCGCGUCCACCGCACUGACGCUGCCCGCUUCCCUUACACCGCCUACCACUUGUAUUGUUCCCCAGGGAAUGCAGAGCAGCUUGAGGUGCCUUUCAGUUUGUGUGAUCCAUAUAGCAAUCCUCAGCCUCAGGAGAUACUGCAGAUUUUACCACACCCUGUUUGGGGUGAAUAUGGUUACCCGACAAAGCAAGGGGAGGGUUGGAUUGGGGAUCCUAGGACGUGGGAUCUUGAUGUUGGGAGGUUGUCUCAAUCACUUUACUUCUACCAGGAUCCAGGAACUCCACCGGCUAAAAGGCAAUGGAUGUCUAUUGAUUUGGGAACUGAAAUAUUUAAGGACCCCGACCAAGUUGCUGAAUGGACCGUUAGUGACUUUGACAUCCUCGUACCUAAGCAAUAAGGCAUUGAGAACGAGCACUAGCAAAGAUUGUAGGGAUAAAGAAACUUUUACCCAAAGGGUAAAAUUUUCAGAGAUAGGAUUCUUUAUAUUAUAUAUUGUCAUUUUUUUUGGCUAGUCAGAAAAAUUCAAAGCUUGGAUUUUCUUUUUUCUUUUUAUUUUUGUCCGAGUCGAAGAGCUUAAGAUAUAGAGCUCAACUGCUCCUAUGAAUAUAAUUUUUCUUGGUUUCAGCAAUCAGCUAAAUUGGGUGUUUGUUCUAUUAAUCAAUGCU